AUGGUAGUAAGAGUGGCGACAGACGAGCGUCCGUUUGAGACGCCAUCUUCCGAUGAGAGCGGGCUAGGUAGAAGCGACUCUCCCAGCGCAGACACGGAACCAGAAGCGGCAUUAGUUGUUCCUCCGGAUGGUGGCUGGGGAUGGGUGGUGGUAUUCGCCUCCUUCAUGUGCAACUUCAUUGUGGAUGGGAUCAUAAUGACAUCUGGAGGAGCCCUCGCCGACGCCAUCAAGUCAGAUUUCAAGGUCUCCGAGAGUCAGGUAGCGCUUGUCAACUCUCUGGCCGCUGGAUUCUAUCUCUUUGUUGGUCCCUUCGUAUCGGCGUUAGCUAAUAAAUACGGAUUUCGAGUAGUGACCAUCGUCGGUAGUUUUAUAUCCAGUGCUGCGUUCGCGCUCUCCUUUUACGCUACUAGCAUCGAAUACCUUCACAUUAUUUACGGAGUUCUUGGCGGUAUUGGUCUGUGUAUGAUAUAUAUGCCAGCUGUCCUGACAGUCGGUUUUUACUUUGAGAAGUGGAGAGCAGUAGCGACUGGUCUGGCGCUAUGUGGUUCUGGCGUGGGCAUCUUUGCAAUGGAUCCUAUAACCAAUGCCCUCAGAGAUAAUUUUGGUUGGAGAUACACUAUGCUGGCCCAAGCAGGCAUGUUGCUGUUAUGUAUAGUAUUCGGAGCCUUGUUUAGACCUAUCAAACCGGUUCGUGUUACUUUAGCCGAUCAAACUGAAGAAGAGGACACUGCACGUCGUCAUGAGGAAGCUGUUGAGAAAUUAAAUUCAAUGCUCAAACUACACAGCAAACUUGACUCCGGAAUUUCUAUGCCUCCUGAAAUGAGAUUCACAAAUAAAGUUAGCCCUCAUACAUGGAUGGGCGUCGCAAAUAACACCCGUUAUCCGACUGCCGAGGAAGUUUUUCGGGGAAGUAAUUCCCAUAUUUCUAACUCUCACAUCCGUCGAUCAUCGGCUAAUGCCGGAGCGAUUAAGAAUACCCUCUCUAACAAACCAAUGUUCAUUGAUGUGCCAGUUGCCGAAAGAGACGAACAAGAAGACUCUAACAGUAACAUUGACAAUACCGAACCUCUGAUUGGAUCCACUGUGAAAGUUCAAAUACCAACAAAGACGCAGCCUCAGCAUAACAGUCGCCGCUCACACGCCGACUUGAUUGCCAGGCCUUUAUACCGGGAUGAUAUUUUCUUCGCGGCUAGUUUGACCAGAUUACCGCAAUAUACGUCACGAACGUCUCUUGGCUACCAUUUAGCUGUAACCCACGUACCGACCAAGGAAGAUGCCCAAGAAGAAACAUCCGGUAAAUGUCGUGUCUGCCCUGAAUCUGUUCGGAGAGCAUUGGCAACUCUGUUAGAUGUUAGCCUAUUUAAGUCUCCAACAUUCGUGGUGUUGGCACUGAGUGGAUUCUUUACAAUGUUAGGAUUCUUCGUCCCUUACGUGUACGUCAGAAAACGGGCGUCUGCAUUCCUUUCAGCUGAUGCCUGUGAUUGGUUGGUGCGGAGUAUUGGACUUUCGAAUACCUUCGGUCGUAUUUUGUGCGGUUUUGUAACAUCAAUGCCAAAAGUAUCGCCGUUAUGGGUAAACAACAUCGCUAUCUCAGCAGGGGGCAUAGCAUGCAUGGUGAGCGGACUUUGCUUCCUAGUAAGCUUCCAAAUCGGAUUCUGCGUUAUAUUUGGACUUGCCGUCGCUUGCUUCGCAUCUCUGCGGUCUAUUUUGGUCGUAGAAUAUAUUGGUCUGGAAAAUCUAACAAAUUGUUUUGGACUCUUUCUUCUCUUCCAAGGCCUUGGAGCUCUGCUUGGUGCACCUAUAGCAGGAUUUAUCGUAGAGGCCACGGGCAGUUUAAAUAAGUCGUUCAUAGUAGCUGGAGCAUUUCUUCUACUAUCAGCCGUUAUGUGCUACCCAGUCGAUGUGAUCAGCAGGUGGGAAAAAUCGCGAAAUAAAUCAAACACAUCGCCGAAAGUAUAA